CAAAAUGGUGUUCGCAAUGGCCCUGCCUUCGGGCCAGAUGCCCGAGAUCAACCCUAGCAACCUGUCCCUGCCGGUCAUGGCGGUUGUCCUUGUUCCUUGGAUUCUCAUUCUGUUGAUCAAAUUUGUCCCCAAGGGACCAACCAUCAAGGGUGUCCCGGGUUCUUUCCUCGACCUUUUCUGCUGUGGUAUUGGUACCAAGAUCAACUUCGUUGCAGGACGAAGUGCCCAUUACUUCAAUUCCCUCCAUGUAGCAUACGGAAAUGUCGUCAGGUUCGCCCCCGGGCAGGCCACCACCAACACCAUCAAGGGCCUGCGCAACAUCUAUGGCGCCGGGUCCGGCAAGGGAAGUGCCUUUCUCAAGACCGGCUUCUACAAAGGCAUCUCGCGUCGCAACAUCUUCACGGCGAGCGAUCCCAGCUACCAUGCUUCGGUUCGCAAGCUGUUCAGUCCCUCUUUAAGUCCGGGAAGCAUGCAGGCUCAUGCGAACGUGAUUCUGGGAUGCAUCUCCCGGCUACACGAUGUCAUCAAUGGCAAGCUGGAAAGCACCAACACCGUCAGCCUGAACCAGAUGCUCUACUGCCACUCGGUGGAUACGGUCUCCGAGGUGCUCCUGGGCAAGUCUCUGGGCUGUUUGAAGAGAGGCAAGCCGUACUUCUGGACGGAGCAGCUCAGCCGCAUCUUCUUCUGGGCCACGAUCCGUGAUCAAUUCGCCGGCUCUGGAGUCCCCACCAUGAUCAAGUUGAUGCUUCGCUACUUGAUCCGCAAGGGAGUCCGGUCUCGCGCUGAGCAGGCCAGAAUGAGACUCAUCAACGAACAAUUGACCGCAUCGCACAAUCGCCGUGACAUCAUGGUCGAAGUCAUGGAGAGGGCGUCCAACAGUGACCUCCCGGUAGCAGAAAUUGCGGAGAACUUCUCGGCCAUCAUGCUGGCUGGUUUCCACACCACCCAGAAUGCCCUCUGUGCCACCAUCUACUUUGUCCUGACACACCCCGAGGCCCACGCCAAGUUGAUCGGCGAACUGCAAUCCGCCUUUGCCUCUCCGGAGGAUGUGUCGGGUGACAUCGCCCAGAACCUGCCCUACCUGAACGCCGUCAUCACUGAGUCCCUCCGUCUGUAUCCACCGGUGCCACUGGGAGGCCCGCGCGUUUCACCCGGAGCCUAUGUCGACGGGACGUACAUUCCAGCCGGGACUGAGAUCUGUACUUCCCUGUUUGCGCUGCAUCACAACCCGGAGUACUUCAACGAACCAUACGAGUUCAUUCCUGAGCGGUGGACCGAGGCCGAGUCGACGGACAAGAAGGAGGCAGUCCAGCCUUUCCUGGUGGGCAGCCGGUCCUGCAUCGCCAAGUACUUUGCGAAACAGAUGAUGCAGCUGACUCUGGCUUCCUUCUUUAUGGAAUACGAGGCCGAGUAUGUUGGUCCAGUCAAGGACUGGCAGCGGGAGAGUCGUUGCUAUGCCUUUUGGGAGGUGCCUGAUUUGAAGCUGAAGCUCCGGAAGCGACAGGCUAUCUGA